AUGUCUAAUAGAUUGGAGUCAUUGAAUAGUAAGAAACCUUCUUCCUCACCGGCUCCAAAGCCAGGGUUGAAGUUUAAACCUAAAGUUGUCCAAAGAAAAUCUAAGGAAGAAAGGGCGAAGGAAGCACCAGUAGUCAAACAAGAACAACCUACAAGAACCUCAUCUCUGAGAGGACGUGGGUCUACAAGAGGAAGAGGUAGAGGUGGACGUAAUAAUUAUGCUGGAACUCAUCUAGUUUCAUCUGGUCCAUUAUCUGCGGGAUCGGUGUCGAUUGGGAAUGUUAGUGGUUCAAAAUUGGGAUUAACUAGUGAUACUGUUUAUAACAGUUCAAUGUCAGCAACUCCAGAAUUCUUACUGAGUUUGAAAUUAAAAGAAAAACCAAGAUCAAUGACACCUGGAGCUCAAUCAGAUGAAGAAGAAGAGGACGAUCCAACGAAGAUCAAUAUGACUCAACAAUAUAGAUUUGCUGAUGAAGAAACCGUGUUGUUCCCAGUUAGACCAAAUAGAAAUGAUUCCGAACAACCUGCAUUACAACCAGUUACAAAAUCAGAAGAACCCGAGACUCGGGAAGGUACUCCUGGUUUAAUGUCUAUGAGUAAUAGUCGAGAACCUACUGUUAAACUUGAGCAAAUUGAAGAAAAGAUGGAGAUUAUUAAACAAAACAAAGCCAUCCUUGAGAGUAAAAUUCAAGUGGACACAUUCGAGGCUGAUGAAAUGAACAAAUUGAUCUCCGAUCAACAACAAAUCUUGGAUCUUUUGACAGAUAAAUUUUCUGGAUUAUCUACAGACGACGAUCAAGCUCCGAAUGAUGACAAAUAUGUAUUAUUCCAACUUCCUAGUCACUUACCAACAUAUACCCGAAAGCUUGGUGUUAAGGAAGAAAAUGAAGAGCAGGGUAUUGCCAAUGUUGAAGAACCUAUCAUUUCCAAUCUUGCUAGUAAUACUACUUCUAUUCGUGGACAAAUAGGUCAUGUCAAUAUACAUCAAUCAGGAAAGAUAACAAUGGAUUUAGGUAAUGGUAACAUUCUAUCAAUAGCAAAGGGUGCUCCUACGAGCUUCUUACAAGAAUUGGCAGUUCUUGAGAUGAACCCAACUGCUGAUGAAAAUGAAGAUAUUCAAAUGAUGGAUGAAGAGGGAAGAAAAAUCGCUGGUAAAAUUAUCCGUCUAGGAACUAUCGAUGAAACUAUAAUUGCAACUCCUUACAUACAGUAA